CCAGACUCCCCUGGCGACGAUCUCUGUCCCUGGUAUCACUCUCAGUUCCGGCAAUAACCAAGUUGCAGCCAAGGUCCACUCGCUUGUCAAUUUGGCUAGCGGUGGUGAAAUUCAAGCUAAGGUUGCUGCGAUUGCUGCUCAGGUCAUGGGUAACGGCGGAUCCCAGAACGUGAACUUGGUCGUCUCCAAGAUCGCAUUCGGAGGCAGCGCGGGCAAUGUAUUCCAUAUUCUGGAUAAGGUCCAGUUCUCAGUUCCUCUGGUUCCUUACAUCCAGAAACUGACUGGAAUUGUUGGUGGUAUCGUCGGUGGCAGCAACAGCACGGCUCCUGCCUUCAGUAUCAACAAAUUGGACGUCAGCGCUCCUGGUGCCAAUGACCUCUCGGUUGCAGUUGGUGCUUCGAUCGGCGGUAUUGGCUCGAAGAUCUCGGUCGAGAUGCCCUACAUCGGUCUUAAAAUCUCUGCCGGUGGUGCUGGCUUUGUAUACCCGACCAUUAACAACUUCCAGCUCUCGAACGGCAACAUUGAUCUCACGCUCGACCUGCCGUUCCAGCCGGCUGCCAAACAGAUCAUUGCCUCGCUUUCGAUCCCUGUCUCGCAGCUCCUGUUUUCAACUGUUGGCCAGGUUCCCGGUACGAUCGUCGUUAACAGCAUCGAGUUUGGCGCAUCCCCCAGCCAGGCAUUCGAUAUCGCCGCCAAGAUCGGACUAGAAAUCCAGUUGAACUCUGUCUUCCAAAAGGCUCAGGCCUACAUUAAUGCCCACAGCUCACUACAAGUGGAUGAUAUAAACACAGUCCUGACGACCACAGGCAUCCAGGCGACGGUCUCUGUGUCCGGAGCCUCGCUGGCGGUGCCUCUCAAGAUGAACUUCCCGAUCUCGCUCUCGGGCUACUAUCAGGGCAAGGCCUUCAUCACCAUUCAAGUUACGUCCAUGUCCCUGGGUCAAUCCCCUUGGGCUCUGGGUGCUAGCAUCACACCGGUUCAGUCCGAGUUCAGUCAAGCGUUGAACGGUAUUCUCUCCAACUCUCUCCAGUCGAAGAACGCCCUCAAGGACGUGACCGUCGGCGGUGUGAUCUUGGGCUCCUUUACAGUUCUGAGCGGAUUGAUUAUCACCCCCCCAGAGUCCGCGCUCUCGCUCAUGUCUCCGAUCACCGUUCCCCUGAACCAGCUCAAGCUACACUUGAUCCCUCUUGGCAUGGAUUUUGCAGCCUCCUUGGUGAACCGCAGCCCUCUGCAGGUCGAUGUGGGUGCGGUUGAUAUUAUGAUCAAGGAUGGCACCACGGAUGUCAUGGAGAUUCAGAAUUUGGGUGGUCCUAUUCAUUUGAACAACGUCCACCAGAACGGCGGCAAUAACAUGAUCUUGUUCAAUGCCUCGCUCAAGUUCAACAUUCUCCAGCUGAUCCCGAUCAUCGCCUCGUUGUUGAACCCCGUCAACUUCCACUUUGUCUUCUCGAUGAAGACCUCAUCCGGUCAGCCAAUGCCCUGGUUGCAGGAUGCCCUGAAUGACGUCCCCGAUACCAUCUUCAGUAACAUUUUGCCCAUCCUCGCAAACGCCCUGAAGAACAUUAACUUUUCAAUUUAAAUAACGAGAGAGAC